GGUGCGGGCGAGUUCGGCGGGUGCAGGUCCCGGCCUGCGCCUGCGGAGGGCUCAGGCGAAGGGUCGAAGCGGGCGGCGCUCGCGACAGACUGCGCUCCGCGAUGGUGGGCGUCCCUGGAGCGGCCGCCUUCCAACUUGGUUGUGAGAAAAGGGUGCCAGCAAUGCCUGGAUCGCCUGUGGAAGUGAAGAUACAGUCAAGAUCCUCACCUCCCAUCAUGCCACCCCUCCCACCAAUAAAUCCUGGAGGACCGAGGCCAGUGUCCUUUACUCCUACAGCAUUAAGCAAUGGCAUCAACCAUUCCCCUCCUACCCUGAAUGGUGCCCCAUCGCCACCACAGCGACUCAGCAAUGGGCCUGCCUCCUCCACAUCAUCAGCACUAACAAAUCAACAGCUGCCAGCUACUUGUGGUGCUCGGCAGCUCAGCAAGUUGAAACGCUUCCUCACCACUCUGCAACAGUUUGGCAAUGACAUCUCACCUGAGAUCGGCGAGAAGGUUCGGACUCUCGUGCUAGCCUUGGUGAACUCAACAGUAACAAUUGAAGAAUUCCAUUGCAAGCUCCAGGAGGCUACAAACUUUCCUCUUCGUCCAUUUGUGAUUCCAUUUCUCAAGGCCAACCUGCCCCUGCUGCAGCGAGAACUGCUGCACUGUGCCCGGGCUGCCAAGCAGACCCCGUCCCAGUACCUGGCCCAGCAUGAGCACCUUCUGCUCAACACCAGUAUUGCGUCUCCUGCUGACUCUUCUGAACUGCUCAUGGAGGUUCAUGGAAAUGGAAAGAGGCCCAGUCCGGAAAGGAGGGACGAGAAUAAUUUUGAAAGAGAUACAGUUCCUCCUGAACCGCCUGCCAAGAGAGUGUGUACUAUCAGCCCUGCUCCUCGGCACAGUCCCGCCCUCACUGUUCCCCUUAUGAAUCCUGGGGGCCAGUUCCAUCCUACUCCACCACCUCUUCAGCACUAUACACUAGAAGACAUUGCAACUUCUCACCUGUAUCGGGAACCAAACAAGAUGCUAGAACACCGAGAAGUCCGUGAGAGGCACCACAAUCUUAGUCUCAAUGGAGGCUAUCAAGAUGAGUUGGUAGACCACCGUUUGACAGAAAGGGAGUGGGCUGAUGAAUGGAAACACCUUGACCAUGCCCUGAAUUGCAUCAUGGAAAUGGUAGAGAAAACGAGGCGCUCCAUGGCAGUUCUGAGGCGCUGUCAGGAAUCUGACCGUGAAGAACUCAACUAUUGGAAACGGCGGUUUAAUGAAAAUACAGAGUUGAGGAAAACUGGGACUGAGUUGGUCUCUAGGCAGCACAGCCCCGGGAGUACAGAUUCUCUCAGCAACGAUUCUCAGCGGGAAUUCACCAGUAGACCAGCAACAGGAUAUGUGCCUGUGGAGUUUUGGAAGAAAACAGAAGAAGCUGUGAAUAAGGUGAAAAUUCAGGCCAUGUCAGAGGUACAGAAGGCUGUAGCUGAGGCAGAGCAAAAAGCCUUUGAAGUGAUUGCAACGGAGAGAGCUCGAAUGGAACAGACCAUAGCAGAUGUCAAACGGCAGGCUGCAGAAGAUGCUUUCCUGGUCAUCAAUGAGCAAGAAGAGUCCACAGAGAACUGCUGGAACUGUGGCCGAAAAGCCAGUGAGACGUGCAGUGGCUGCAAUAUUGCUCGCUACUGUGGCUCCUUCUGCCAGCAUAAGGACUGGGAGCGGCACCACCGCCUCUGUGGCCAGAGUCUACAUGGCCACAGUCCCCACAGCCAGAGCAGGCCACUGCUCCCUGGAGGGCGGGGCUCAGCCAGGUCUGCUGACUGCAGCGUGCCCAGCCCAGCCCUGGACAAGACCUCAGCUACCACCUCACGGUCUUCAACACCUGCCUCUGUGACAGCCAUUGAUGCCAACGGGCUCUAAGCUACAGACUCCACCUGCCCUGAUGACCCCUCCACAUGGCAGAAUCCUUGCACCAGUGAGCCGGCUAUUAGAACAAGUAGCUAUUGGGUCGUCAGCAAGAAAGGAAGUUGGCAGGAAGCAUCCAAGAGGCACUCCACAGCUUCUCUGGGAUUUGCCACGUGUCCUUGGAAGAACUAAUGUACCGUUCUCUGCACACAGGAAGUAGCUUGAGCUGCCUCCUCCAUGGCUUUCCUGAGGUUCCUCUUCCAGCCCCUUCUCAGUGUAUACACCAGCUCCCUCCGACUCCUUGCAUUAGCAUAUUGUCAGUAGUGUCCCAGCAGGCACCAGUACUACGGCCCCCCCUCCCCACCCCCNCCC